AUGGAGCCCCUGAAAGAAGAGAACCAGGUAGGAAAGGAGGCACAUGGACUUGGAGAACAUACAUCUGGGAGUGACUUAGGCGCAAGCUCGUGUGAUAGUUUGGCAGAAUGCAACACAGAGUCAAAAUUAACUCAAUUAAUUCAAAAGAACUCAGAGCUAAAAUUAACUUCACUAACUGAAGAUAUAACAGGAAUACAGUUGAGUCAAUUAAUUCAUGACAACACAGAGACAAAAUUAAGUCCAUUAAUUCAACAUAGCACGCAGGCACAAUUAACUACAUUAACUCAAGACAAUAUAGAGUCAAAAUUAACUCCAUUAACUCAAGACAAGACAGAGCCAAAAUUAACUCAGGUAAUUCAAAAUAACUCAGAACCAAAAUUAACUUCACUAACUGAUGAUAUAACAGGGACACAGUUGAGUCAAUUAACUCAAGACAACGUAGAGACAAAUUUAACUCAAUUAAUUCAAGAUUACACAGUGGCAAAAUUAACUACCUUAACUCAAGACAACACAAAGUUAAAAUUAACUCCAUUAACUCAAGACAAGACAAAGCCAAAAUUAACUCAGGUAAUUCAAAAUAACUCAGAACCAAAAUUAACUUCACUAACUGAUGAUAUAACAGGGACACAGUUGAGUCAAUUAACUCAAGACAACACAGAGACAAAUUUAACUCAAUUAAUCCAAGAUUACACAGUGGCAGAAUUAACUACCUUAACUCAAGACAACACAGAGACAAAUUUAACUCAAUUAAUCCAAGAUUACACAGUGGCAGAAUUAACUACCUUAACUCAAGACAACACAAAGUUAAAAUUAAGAUAA